GAGUUUUUUAUUACCAGAGGAAAUUUAUUCCGAAUUCAUUUUUGCGUGCUGACGACAGUGUCAAGCAAGAUGUCGGCCCCUUUCGGCUAGAGCAUGCCGUGUUAGGGACAUAGAAAUGGACCAAAGUUGUUCUGAUUUGGAAUUCUUUGAUUUCAAAAAUGUUAGUGAAGAGGAAAUCAAAGAAAUACAAGCUAUACUUAAAGGUCCUGGAAGCAAUGGCUGUGUUGAGCUACCUUGGGAAAUUCCAAUAAGAGAAAACAGUGCUGAGGUAGCUCCACAAAAUGAAGGUGUAGCUGAAAAAACUGAGAUAAAUUCAACGAAAAGUACUAAGACUUUAGGAACAGUUGUUGGGCAAGAUUUACAUUUUGUCUCACCUCAGACUCCUCUUUCUCCUCCAAUUGCACGACUACCACCUCCUCCUGUUGAAGCAUUUGUUACGCCACCAACAACAAUCGGUCCGUAUCCAAAUACUCCGUACUUUGUGUCCAGGACUAUACCUUACCUGCGUGCCUACUCGCAUGUAGGAGUGCCCUUCUUUGCAUGUCCUAUACCGGGUGCAGGGGAGUCAAGUCCUAUGCCCUCUCCAUACGGUCAGUUUGUACCUGUGGUCCCAGCUACAGUAGGACAAGAAAAAUUUAUUGGACAAAUAGAAAAUGAAAAUACUCAGAAAAACAGAGGACCUGCUGACAGGCAGUUCAACCGACGCAACAAAAAGAAACUUCCCAAUACUGAGUAUUGUGGUUCUUAUGAUUCUGAAAAUGUUGUGGAUGUCUACAGAGACGCAGUUUUAGGUGAUGAACAAACGUCAGUUUCAUCUCCCGUUUCUUCCACUGUUAGCAACGAACGUCCAACAUCUGUGCCUCUUGUGCCUUUACCUGUGCCACCAUCAACGUUUGGUGUUGCGGGUGGUACACUUCCCUUGCAUGGUUAUCCGCCUGGUUUGCACACACUUCCAUACACACAGAUGUCUGGACCGCAAGCACCUUCAGCUGCCAUGUAUUAUGUUCCCGUAUUUAAUCAUCCUUAUGGCAGUUAUAUACCUUCUCCUCCUUCAGCUCCUAUGGUUCUUCCUGUAAACCUCCGCCCUGAAAGUGAACCUACUUCAGAAAUAAAUACAGAGAGUAAUGAAGUAAUUAAAAAUAUUAAUACUGUUGUUCCAUCUGUAUCUCACCCUAAGUCUUUAGAAAAUGUCCAGUCAAACUGUGAGGUUGAACCAGCUCCUGAACAGUGUGUCCAACAUGCUGAUGCCAAACAGGCACCUGUUGACCCUACUGCCAAAAACACAAUUUCAGAGGGGGAAGAAGUAACAGACUGUAACUCCUCCUCUGAUUAUCCUUUAAGCAAGAGUAUUAGCUCUUCUCCUGACUGCAUUCCUGAAACAGCUGAUGAUAAUUGUAAAUGCCAACCAGCAAAUGAAGAUUACAAAGAACCUAUUCGGGAUUCUUCACGUUGCUGGGCUGACUUGUUCAAGAAACCAUGUACUGAGGUCAAUGGCAUUGAUCGUCAACUUGCUGUUGAACAGGGACAUGAAAAUAUUAAUAACUUAAACAAAGAUAUUUCAAAUGGAAAAUUGUACUCUGUGCCUGCUAGUGAUGAUGUUCUGUAGAUGUUAUGAACUAAGAACUGAAGUGUGGCUGUGCAACAUAUUUUGCCUGAAAAACAUUUUUAAUGAGACUGUUUUGCAGGCUGCUACACAUUGUCAGCGUGAUAUUGUUGUGAUCAUGAUUGAAGGGUUGAGCUUUUGUGCAUAAGUAUAUUUAAAUUAUUAGGUAGGGUAAAUUUUUGUGCUAUCUUUCACUCAUAUCUACCACAUUUCACUUGCUUCUGCAAAAAUGAAGUGCAGUUGUGUGGUGUAAGAUUAUACUGGACUGUGCAUUACUAACUUUACAGUGUAAGAUUUGCUGUGUUUUAAUUUUUAUCUUGUUCUUUACAAAAUAUAAUGUACAUACACUUUUCUAAAAUAGACUUAUGAAUGAAGACUUUAGCAAAUGUGUCUGAAAAUUUAGGUAUACAUUUUUCUAAAGUUAGACAAGAAUUAUUCAUGUUCAGAAAUCAAAUGUAGGAAAAUUGUUUUUGCUUUGCAUUUUUUUGCUUUAAUCGUACUGUUUAAUGGCAAUAAAAGAAGAAAAUCAUGCAAUUUUUCAAUGUAACUGUUGAAGUUAUUGUCAGCAACUGAAAUAUGCAAUUUUCUUACCUGUUAACAAGUUUAUGCAAAUCCAUAUGCAAUACAAGUUAAUGUUAUGAUUGUGGAAGUUAUAUGAAGAAAAUAAAUUUUUAAUAGCAUAGAAAAUUUGAUAAACUUAAUUCUGUUUUCAGCUGUAUGCUAAAAUAUUUUACUUUUUAUUUAUUUAUUUUUGUAAUAUGGUUUUAUUGUGAUAUUGAUGCUUUUUUAAUAAUUUAUUAACAUUUUUUUAGUUUUUCUUAAGCUAGUAUCAAAAUUGCAUACUGUAAGUCAAUAAAUAUAUUAAAAUGAAAAUAUGCAUGAACAAUGAUAAAAUUAUCUGUCAGUCUAAUUUUUAAAACAUUUUUUGGCCAGGAAAACAAAAAUGAAUUUUCUUUGUAUCAGUUUUAUGCAAAAUUAAAUAUGUAAAUGAAUUUUAGAUUAAUUUUUUGCAUGUUUCUACUAAUUUAUGAUGCAUUAUUUAUUGGAAUUGGUGAGAUUAUUAAAUAGUGCUGUUCAUUAAUUCUUAAACUGUAUGUUUUAUUAGUAAACAAGAAACUAGACGAUAAUUCAUUUCAGUGUUUCCCAAACUGAUGUAGUGAUAUUUUUCCUUACCCAUUUACAUAUUAAAAGACUAAUUUAAUAAUAUGUGAUUUUUAAAUAUAGUGUAAAAAAUAUCUAUUCUGGCAUAUACUGUUUAAGUAGUUUUUACGGUAUUGAAAAUAACAUCUUUCAGAUGUAUUCAUAGCUAAUAGAAUUUAUUCACAAAACUUAAAUUAUGUAAAUGUUUCAUCAUUAUUCAAAUGUUUGCUAAGAUAAGCAUAUAGCAUACAGGUAUAAUAGUCUUAAUUCCUUUGCAUUUUUCAUCUGGGAAGUAAUUCGGUCCCUCUCCCCUCCCCUGAAAAAAAUAGUACUUGUUUUAUUUUCCAUUAAGCAGAAUGUAAAACAUUUGGUUGUUUUCUAAUUUAAGCAGAGAAAAAUAUAUCUGAAACAUAAUUUUAUAAAUAAUUGUUGUGUUAAAUUAUUAAUUUAUUAUGGUGUUACAUUUGUAUGAUACUGUUAAAUGAAUAUGAAGCAUAUUGAAAUACUUAAGUAGGUCACUAUUGCUAUUUUUUAACAAAUAUUAUUUUGCGUUUAGAAAAAAUCUUUGCAGUUGUGUCAAGUAUUGUAUUGUUUUUAAUCAAAAAUGCGAAGUUUUAAACCAUACCAUAUAUUACUUGCUAGUAGUAUGCUUUACUUCUUUUGAAGUUGGUGAAAAUUACUUUUUUAAUAGUCUUAUUUUCAAGACAGUAUGGGAAACACUGUUAUAAAUCUAAAAUAAAAUUUCCCUUUGUAGUUUAAAAUUUAUAAAGUAUUGAAAUUAUUUGUUGCAGAAAACUACCUAAAUUUUAAAAAUAAGGUUUUUUUUGGAGGGGAGAAUUACAAAAGCUAUUUCACAUUUAAUUUCUCUAAAUAAAUACAUCAGAUCAUAUUUAAAUUUCCAGUAAUCUAUUUUUAAUAUAGCAUCAUAUUCAUUAUCAAUUCAGAUGAUAUAGAUAACAUGUUAUGGUUUUGUUGUAAUUAAAUAAUAGUAACGUUUAAAAUUGUGUAAUGAUUUUAUGAAUGAAUGUCCUAUAAUUUUAAUUCAAAUUAAACUGGCAGCUAUGAAAGGAACCUAAUAAUUUUUGGCUAAACAUAAUGAAGUCACAUUUUUGGCUAUUGAGUAUUUGUUAAAACUAGAUGAAAGUUUUUUGUAUAAACGCAUCAUUUAAAAUUUUUGGAAGCAAGUAAAGCUGAAAAUCGGUCCUCUGUAUCUAAAUGUAUAAUUCGAAAGAAGAUGAAAAAAAGUAAUUCAUCAAUCAAAAUCAGACUUUUGUUUUAGCAAUUUUAGUCGUCCAUCGUGGAAGCAAUGCAGAUUUCUUAUAUAACAAAAGAGGCUUUAAAUAAUAUUUUGUACUGUAAUAAAAUAAUUGCCUUUUUUUAAA